AUGUCUGGAAGAGGGAAGGGAGGUAAAGGCCUGGGAAAGGGCGGAGCGAAGCGGCACCGCAAAGUGCUCCGUGAUAACAUCCAGGGCAUCACGAAACCAGCCAUCCGGCGCCUGGCUCGCCGUGGCGGGGUCAAGCGCAUCUCGGGCUUGAUCUACGAAGAGACCCGCGGGGUGCUGAAGGUUUUCCUGGAGAAUGUGAUCAGGGAUGCGGUGACCUACACUGAGCACGCCAAGCGCAAGACGGUGACUGCCAUGGAUGUGGUGUACGCUCUGAAACGCCAGGGCCGCACUCUACCCACAGCAAUUGAUGUCAGAAGUGGGCAGGGUAGAAUGGCUAGAACCAAGCAGACAGCGCGCAAAUCCACUGGAGGGAAAGCUCCCCGCAAGCAGCUGGCGACCAAAGCGGCCCGCAAGAGCGCUCCGGCCACGGGCGGAGUGAAGAAGCCUCAUCGCUACAGGCCCGGCACGGUGGCUCUGCGGGAGAUCCGCCGCUACCAGAAAUCCACCGAGCUGCUGAUCCGCAAACUGCCGUUCCAGCGCCUGGUGCGGGAGAUCGCUCAGGACUUCAAGACCGACCUGCGCUUCCAGAGCUCGGCCGUAAUGGCCUUGCAGGAGGCCAGCGAGGCUUACCUGGUGGGGCUGUUUGAGGACACCAACCUGUUAAUCAUUGUCGUGAUGUCUGGAAGAGGGAAGGGAGGUAAAGGCCUGGGAAAGGGCGGAGCGAAGCGGCACCGCAAAGUGCUCCGUGAUAACAUCCAGGGCAUCACAAAACCAGCCAUCCGGCGCCUGGCUCGCCGUGGCGGGGUCAAGCGCAUCUCGGGCUUGAUCUACGAGGAGACCCGCGGGGUGCUGAAGGUUUUUCUGGAGAAUGUGAUCAGGGAUGCGGUGACCUACACGGAGCACGCCAAGCGCAAGACAGUGACUGCCAUGGAUGUGGUGUACGCUCUGAAACGCCAGGGCCGCACUCUGUAUGGAUUCGGCGGCUGA